CUUUAGAAUGAAAGGAUAUAUACAAAAUUAAUAGUUAAAGAAAAGGAAAAUUAUUAUAAAUUUGGAUGUUUCAGAAAGGAAAACUCACGUAAGUAAUAAAAAAGACAGCUAUAGAAAAAAAAUGGAAAAUGUAUUAAACGUUGGAGGCUUAUAAAAAAAAAAAAAAAAAAAGCAAAUCCCACAAACCUCACAAAACACAGUUGCUUCAAUUUUUUUUUUUUUUUUGCAACAUCCGUCGUCGACAGAAUGCCAGAAUUCAAAGCUCUACUAAUCGGAAAAGUCAAAGACAAAGCUUCAAUAGGUAAAGCAAGACUGGUUCAUAGUUUCAGUUCGAAUUCCGUCAAAAACAUUCAUCUAGCUCUCUUGAAAUCAACAACUCAUAGUCAUCGUAAACCGCCAGAUAGUGACUAUGUCUCCGACGUUAUCUCAUACUCCAACAGCCCUUACGCUCCGGCAGCUUUCGCUGCGGCUCUAUGGAGAAUACGUGUCACCAAGAACGCUUUCGUGGCCAACAAAUCUCUCAUAGUCUUACACAAGCUUAUCAAAUCAUCAAGAGACAAGUUUGAAGGACUCGAUCACCGUUGGAACAAUCUGAAAUUGAGAGAGUUUUGGGACAAAUCUUCGAGUCUAGCGCAAGAGUUGUCUCAAUGGGUUAGAUGGUAUGGACUUUACUUGGAUCAUCUCUCGUGGAUUUCGAAGGUAUUAGGAUCUUUCCCAAGUUUCAUAGAGAGCUCAAAAGACAGAGCUAAAGAGAAAGAUCGUGUUUCGUCUUACAAAACCGGAUAUAUUAUGAAACAAACCGAUUUCCUUGUAUGUUUUUUCGAGCACAUAUGUACCAGACCGGAGAGCCCACCUAUGUUUCAAAACAAGAUCGUGGACGAGAUCAGAGAGCUCGUGAUUCAAGACUACUUCGCGGUUAUGAUGCUGAUUGUAGUACGGCUUCAAAUAUUGAGUGAAAGAUUAAUUAAACCGGGUAUUAAACCAGUUGGUGAUUCCGGUUUGAGUCUGGUUUUGGUGAGACUUGAAGAAUGCAAGGAGAGUUUGAGUGGGUUUUUAUGGCGUAACAGACGUCUUGCAGAAGAUUUUUGGUGUUUGGUUGAGAUGUUGAAGGCCGAAACGGCAAAAGACAAUAAGGAGAUUGUUGAAUUCGUCGGUUCGGUUCAGAAAACGGUCAAGGACGAUGAGGAGAUGGUUGAACUAGCCGGUUCGGUUCAGACCGAAUGGGUAACAUUCGACGACACUGAGACGGCAACACAUGUGGUGCCAUGGGAUUCAGAAUGGGUAAAAUUUGAUGAUCCAAAUGGAUUGACGAAUGAGUCGGUCUGGCUAAGUCUGUGUACGUAAUAUUUGAAAACUGGUUGAUUCGUUUAGGUGAGAAAAGAUCCGGUCUACACAACACAUGGAAAGGCCGAAGGCGUCUCACUAGUCACUACGAACAUAAAAACUAGCUGAAUGAUUUAAUUUGCUUUUUGUCUUGGAAUGUGUUGUGUCAUUUUUUUUUUCAAUUGUGCUUGAAUCCUUAUUUCAUAAAGACAGGGAGAAGUGAUUCUGUAUGUAAAUAACUUCUUAU